AUGAAUGAAUGGCUCGAUACGUAUGAAAACCUCACAAACAUGGAGGUUGUUCAACGAUAUCGUCUAGAUAAGAAUGGGAUUGAUCGGCUGAACGAGGAAUACGUUGAUCGCCUAUCGCCAAGAACACUUGGCCAAAGAAAUGUCUCUGCUUUAGAGAAAAUACUUGUCACCCUACGCUAUUUUGCGUCAGGUGACUUUCAAAUUAAUGACGGAGACAUUCAUAAAUUGUCACAGCCAUCCGUGUCAAGAGCUGUGUCACAAUUCACAGAGAUUCUGGCUAAUAGGGAAACAAUGACAAGACACAUUUCAUUCCCAAUCAACAUGCAUGAUGUAACGAGGGUGAAGGCGGACUUCCAAGGCAUGGCCAACUUUCCCAAUGUUGUUGCCGUGGUUGAUGGCACGCAAGUCCAAAUUCAAGCUCCGAAUGUCAAUGAGGAAGCUUAUGUAAAUAGAAUGGGAUAUCAUUCCAUCAAUACCCAGGUGAUAUUCAAUGGUCAAGACAGACUAAUUGACUUAGUUGCGAGGUGGCCAGGGUCAACGCAUGACAGCCGGAUUUUGAGGGAGAGUGGGGUUUUUCAAUUGUUUGAGCGUGGGCAUGUGGCUGGUGAGAACAAGAACCUGCUUGGGGACAGUGGCUAUCCCUGCAAGCAGUGGUUGCUCACUCCCUAUUUAAAUCCAGCCAAUGCCCAACAGGUGAAAUACAACAGGUACAUAACAAGGUGUUUUUAA